GCAAUAGCCCUGAGUCGCUAAAGCGACUGCGCGGAGGAAGGACCUCGGCCAGUGACGUCAUAGGGAAGCCGCCGCGCUGAGAAGGCGGAAGUGCCGCCGCCGGACCGAGCUCCCAAAGCAAGAAGAUGCCUAAAGUAAAGAGAAGCAGGAAGCCUCCUCCAGACGGCUGGGAACUGAUUGAGCCAACACUGGAUGAGCUGGAUCAAAAGAUGAGAGAAGCGGAGACAGAGCCCCAUGAAGGAAAGAGGAAGGUGGAAUCCUUGUGGCCCAUCUUCAGAAUUCACCAUCAGAAAACACGUUAUAUCUUUGACCUUUUCUAUAAGAGGAAAGCUAUUAGCAGAGAGCUGUACGAGUACUGCAUCAGAGAAGGAUACGCUGACAAAAACCUGAUUGCAAAGUGGAAGAAGCAGGGCUAUGAGAACCUCUGCUGCCUGCGUUGCAUUCAGACCCGGGAUACCAACUUUGGAACGAACUGCAUCUGCAGGGUCCCAAAAAGCAAGCUGGAAGUGGGGAGAAUCAUAGAGUGCACCCACUGUGGAUGCAGAGGUUGCUCUGGGUGAGAAGUCUUUAAAUACUGGACACUGCUUUUGAGUAUCGAUUCUACACCUUGGACUGUUGCAGCUAAAUUUGUCUUCUGUAAGCCCUGCAGUGAGUGGACCUUUCCAGAUAGCAGUUGGAACAGCAAUGCAUUCACCUGGAUCUGUAAACUCAGCAGUGAGCUGUCUUUGAUUAGUUGUGUGUAACCAUCUGAUUUUUAAAAUAAAAUAAGAACUGUGUACAA